ACCUGCUUAACUCCAUCCAAAUUGACACCCGGGGCUCCAGAGAAAUAUAGGCAGCAUCCCUUCCAGCUCAUGCAUUCAGUCCCACACAGCUGCUCCAUGACACACCGAGUCGCAGCUGCGCCGAUCCAAGGUGAACCCUCGUAAACACACACACUGACACACACUCUCUCUGUCGGAUCUUCGCCGGGAACGGAGGCACACUCCCGGAGACGCAAUGCUGGUCAAACUGGCCGUGGCGCUGAUGGUUUUGUCAGUGCUGGAGCGAGCGGUGGGAUCGGAUAAUAUUGAUUUUCACGACCUGCCCCCUGAGAAGCCCACCAGCCAGAAAGGACGCCUCUCCCUCCAGAACACAGCUGAGAUCCAGCACUGCCUGGUGAGUGCUGGGGAUGUUGGCUGCGGCGUGUUUGAGUGCUUUGAGAAUAACUCCUGCGAGAUACGAGGGCUGCAGGAAAUCUGCAUGACGUUUCUGCACAACGCUGGCAAAUUCGACUCUCAGGGAAAAUCCUUCAUCAAGGAUGCUCUGAAGUGCAUGGCCCAUGGUUUACGGCACAAGUUCAGCUGCAUCAGCAGAAAGUGUGUGACCAUUAAGGAGAUGGUGUUCCAGCUCCAGAGGGAGUGCUACAUCAAACACAAUCUGUGCUCUGCUGCGAAGGAGAAUGUGGCAGUCAUGGUGGAGAUGAUUCAUUUCCAAGAUCUUUUCCCUAAAGGCCCAUACGUGGAGCUGGUGAAUAUUCUCCUGAACUGCGGCGAGGAAGUCAAAGAAGCACUAACUCGUAGCGUCCGACUGCAGUGCGAGCAGAACUGGGGGGCGCUGUGUGACAGCCUGAGCCUCUGCUCCUCCCUAGUGCCUUCUCCUGCUAGCUCCAUCGUCGAACACCACCGCCACCCCUUCCCUUCUCCCCAUCUAGAGCCGGAACAACCCCGCCUUCCACGGCAAGGCGACAAAGACAGAGCUGGUAAGGCGGCCCUCAACGCUCACCUCCGUCAUCGCAGUCACGGCCCCCGCCGCCACAGUCCAGAAGCAGCAGUGGGGACUGAACAGGAAGAUCCCAAGGCCGACAUCCGAAGGUGAAAGCUCAAAAGAUCUUUGUACCCCUUCCACAACAUUUAAAAGCCACAUUUGCAGACUUACACACAUCCAUGCCAUCACAUGCACACACAGGCCUCUACAAAAACACAAACUCCCAGACAGACUAAGCAGAAGGAAACAAGUCCUGAUCUUUCCUUUUCUCUUCCGCUUAUCCAGUCAUUCCAGCAGUCCCACAUGGUAAACUUGCAGGGUAAUUGUGGUGUAGACUUUAGGCCACAGUUUGUUUUUUUUAUCUUUUUUUUUGUUUUUAAUGAAUGACAGUUGUUACCACAACUAUUUCAACUGUUAAGGCAAUUUUGUCUCUAAUAUAGGAUUUCUCAAAUCAUUACUUACUGUAAGAUUUGAUUAUAUAUGUAUUAUUUAUUUUAUUCUUUAUGCAAUGUUGAAAUAUCAAAAUGUACAUAGAAAUAAACUUAUCUAUAUUUAUAUGACCAUGUAUAAAUAUAGCUACAAUAUGCAAAACUGAGAUACUAUUGAUGACAAAGUAUACAAUGUGCUGUAUGUUAUUCUCUUUACAGUAUUGCACCAAUCACACAUGGAAGUUUAGAUAUGUAAUAUACACCAUUUGCUGUUUCAGAGUUGGAAUGUGUAUUAUUCCCUUAUAGAUACUUGAUGAUUAAACAGAAAUUGUACAGGUUUCGUCCAGUUCUGGCACAUAUUAAUCUUAGUGCAUGAUGCCCAUAAAGUUGACAAACUUGUGCAUUUUUUUCAAAAGUGAAUGUGCACUCUAAAGAGGUUAUAGUUAGCUCAACAUAUAAUAAUGACUCAUCUGCAUAGAGAGAUAUAAAAGCUGACUUGUAUCUCAUUGAGUCAGAAUAAAGCAAGACUCUACGGCCUGAGAAUAUUUGGGUUAACUCUGACAUGUGUCUUAUUUUCAUCCAAAAAAUGUGUUGCAUCACGUUCUUUGAUUGUUAAUGGAGCUUCAGAAACUGUCUCAGAAAUAUUUCAGUCACUUGUAUAGUUUCUUGCUAAGGUAUUUACAUUUAGUUAAGUCACAACCACAAACUGAUAUAUUUUAUUAGGAUUUUAUGUGGUAGACCAACAGAAAGUACUGCAUAACUGUGAAGUGAGAAGAAAAAACAUAGUUUUUCUUACAAAUUAGAAUUUGAAAAAUGUGGCAUGCAUUUGUAUUCAGCCUGGCUGAACCUUCUGUUUGCAAUUACAUCAGCAGGUCUUUUGAAGUAUAUUUCUACCAGCUUUGCACAUCCAGUGAAUUAAAUUUCUGCAAAUUCUUUGCCAAAUAGCUCAAGAUUGAUCAGAUUGACUGGAUAGUCUCUGAAAACAACAAUGUUAAAGUCUCUCAACAUAUUCUUACUUUAGCUCUGGGUAUUUUAUUUACAGUGAUUAUCCUAGAAGGUGAACCUAUGCCUUGGUCUCAGGUCUUUUGCAGCCUCUGACUGAUUUUCUUCCAGGAUUGCCCUGUAAUAGCUCCAUCCAUCUACCCAUCAACUUGAUCAGGAUUAGCCCCCCUGUCCUUACUGAGAAAAAGCUUCCACAUAGUAUGAUACUCCCUCCACCAUGUUUCAAGUGGGGAUGGUGUUUUCAGAGUAAUGUGAACUGUUGGUGUUCCGCCACACGUUGCGUUUUGCAGGUAGGUAUGGAAAAAUAUAGCCUUUUGGUCUUCCUGUGGCUUUCUUUCAAGUUGCCAUCCUUCUAUAUAUGCUCUGCUUGCAGAGUACACAGCUAAUAGUUGUUUUUGUGACAGAUUUUCCCACCUGAGCUCUAAAUCUCACCAGCUCCACAACUUUAUUUCUCCCUUUACAAUUAUGUACUUCUUUAUGUUGGUUGAUUGCAUAAAAGCCCAUUGUAUUAUAAUAAAGUUAAUGGCUGCAAUUUUAAAAAAAGGUGAAAGAAAGGUGUAUUAAUGCUCUUGAGCAAGGCACUGUAUAACUUCAGCUUGUCAAUAACUAGUCAAUGAAUUAUUCGGGGCAAUCCAUUUUUUGUCAGCUAUCAGUGAAGUGCAGCCAAGGGAAGAUGUUUAGUUUGAAAUGUAAAAAUCAUAAAACAUCACCGUGCCUAAACUGGUUAAUGUCCACAGUGACCGCUUCUCUGUGAUUUACGUGAAUGGAUAUUUGCUUUGUCGUAAAAAGAUUUAAUGUUGAGUUAUUUUUAUAAUGGUGUUGAGCCACAAAAGUCUUAGAUUUUGCACUUUGAAUGAUUGUCGGUUUGUGUUGGGAAAGGUUAGCCAAGAGGUCUGCAUUAACAGAGUAGUCACCCUCUAAUCAAAGGCUAUAUUUUAUCUAAGCGGCCUGGUUUCCUUAUCAAGCACACUGCCGAGUCAUGCAUCACAGCAUAGCUCCUUAGCACCAGAUUUAGCCCCUUUCUGCGCUCGGGCCGCCCUACUCCCUCUGGCAUUCCAUAGGGCAGGAAACAGGCUUGACAGUAACCUUCCAGAUCCCUUGCUGUCUCUAAAUUAGCCCCUAUUCCUCUCUGGACUCUGGGUCAGACAUGAAGGCCUGUUAUUUUAGCCGUCAGAGCCACGGCAGCACAGCGAGGACCCAGGAAGUAGGCUUAGUUCACACACAGGGGCUCUGACGUUGUUAUUGUGAAUGUUAUAUUUACCGAGGCCACCAGAUAAUUCCUCUGGGCCGUGGCCAAGAGCCAGCAACAUGGGGAAGGCAGGGAGGAAUGAAAGCAAGAGGGAGAGGGAUGCAGUAAACAUCUUUUUUUAUGUGUUGAUUUACUCUGUCUUAACUUUCCCUUUUACUCUUCUUCUCUUCCUCCUUAAGAUCAAAAACACAGUGUCAUGCUUCAGCUCUAGAAGCUCAGUAUUUGUGCACAAUGCACCUCAUGGUGAGGAGGGCUUGGUGCAAAACGCAAACACAACCUCAUUCGGAUUUUGUGGCUCAGUCAAUGAUUUUUCUAUUUUCUCUUUACAUGCUUAUAUUUAUAUCCAUUUUAUCCCCUAUGGACAUUUAAAGACUGUAAUACCUAAGGCUUUCAGGCUGUUGUUGUUUCUUUUAGUGUUUUUUAAGUGAUUGUGGAAAGUUGGGAUUGCUGUGAUAAUCCCAACACAGGACAUAAGCUAAUCCUUUUGAGAAUGUACUGUAUGUGUUUUAAAGUGACAAUCUGUUCAGCUCUCUGUCAUUAGGUUUUAAAUACGGCUGUUUGUAUUGAUGUGUAGUGGCUUGAAUGGCAUUUCUUGUAUGUGCUUUGAGGAAAAUAAAACUACCCAUGUCCCUGUAAUUCUGGUGAUCUGCUGCCACUUCACGUUGCUCUCCUCUGUUCUAGCACAAGGUGAAAAACAAAAACAGAUGAAUAUUUUUGAGUUGGUAUUACACAAGGCCCAGUGUGACUCUGUCAGUAUUCUUGGCUACUUCUCAGCUGUAUUGUUUUUUCAAUAAAAUAUUUUGUGUCAUAAAA